CCGUUGGGGCCGCAGAAGGAGUUUAUUGGGGUAUGUUGGCAGUCAAGCUGAAAGUUUUACCGUCACUAACAACCUCGUGGGAUAAAGUCUAAUGUAAUCCUCCGUCAAUGAAUCAAUGAUGUAGAAAUAUUGAAUGUUUUGGAGUAACUGGAGUUUUAUUGGUGACAGAAAACACGGGGAGUUUACGAAAUUUCUUGGCGCGCGAAACUAGAGGACAGAACGUGGGACGGGCUCAACUUAUGUCAAACCGUGUUAUGCUCAAAGAUCGAAUGAAAUCUUAAGGAAUAUUCAGCAGUUUUGGAAUGAAAAUGGCAGAGGUAGCGCCACCUGAGAUCCAGGAAGGGGAUAAAUUAAGAUUAAUUCAAAAAAGACUUAAAUUACUAAAACAAGAGAUUUCCGAACGCAGCAAGAAAAAUUAUGAACUGGAAAGGGAUGUACGCUUCUUUGACCAAAGGAUUGCACUUCUGAUCAACCAUCGCAUCGCUGUAGAGGAAUUAUCAGAUCGGAUUGGUGAUGGCGAUCGUCGUGUUGGAGUAAUUAAAGAUGAACUGAAAUGUCAGAGAUAUGGAAACCUCUUUUACUUGCUUCAAACAGAGCCUCAUUACCUUGCACAGUUAACCAGAAUUGUGGUGUUAAGUGAAAUUGACUCCCUAUUACAGCCAGUAAUGUUUUCAUUGUAUGGAAAUCAGUACGAGCCAAGAGAAGAGUAUCUAUUGCUGUCAAUGUUUGAGCUUGUCUUGAAGUAUGAAUUUGAGGAGUCAGAAAAUUUUAAUAGUUUGCUGAGAGCAAACACAGCAAUCUCAAGAAUGAUGACAACCUACACAAGAAGGGGACCUGGACAACAGUAUUUAAAACUUGCUCUUGAGGAACCUCUUCAUGAGUUGUUAUCACAACCUGACUUGCUGCUGGAAAUCAAUCCUGUAAAAGUCUACAUAGAAGUACAUGGUUAUCCAAAAGAUGAAAACACACAACUAACUUAUGAAAAGGCAAUGGAUGACCCAGAAGUUCAGUUAAAAACAAAAAUUCGUAUUAAAAAGCUUGUAGACAUAGCAUCACUGUUCCUUGGAAUCAUUGUUAGUUCCCUGAAUAAUGUGCCUUAUGGUAUAAGAUGGUUGUGCGGUGCAAUAAGAACACUUGCAACGGAAAAGUAUCCAGAAGCGCAACCAGAACAAAUCAAUGCUAUGAUUGGUGGAUUCUUUUUGUUAAGAUUUUUAAACCCUGCCAUAGUUACUCCUACAGCACAUAUGUUGGUCGAAAAACAACCUUCACAAAAUAUGAGAAGAAACCUGACCUUGAUCGCAAAGAUUCUUCAAAGCAUGGCGAAUAAGAACAUUGUGACAAGUCAUUUCAAGGAGGAAUAUAUGCAGCCCUUACAGCCGUUUGCCUUGGAGCACGUUGACCUAAUGCAGAAUUUUUUAAGAGACCUCUGUGAGGUCUCAGAUUUUCAUGAAAACUUAGAGAUGGAACAUUAUCUUUCUCUGUCUAAAAAUAUCAAGAUCUCAAUAACACUGAAUGAGAUGUUCAAAAUUCAUGAGCUGAUGCUGCAAUACAAAGAUGACUUGGCAUUAACAGAGGAUGACCCAUUACACAUACUUUUGGAUGAGCUGGGUCAAGCUGAGCUCCAGAUGUCAAGUUUAGAUAAUCUAACUAUACAUUUGCCUUUAACAAACAAAUGGGGCCCAUCAAAACAAGUUCUGAGGACAGAAUCUAUAGAGUCAACAUUCAGCAAGAAGAUUGAGAGUGAAGCUGUAAAAGAACAGUGCAGGAAACUGUUGGUUAAGAUGUUAUGCUUGCGCCCCUGUCUAAUGUUGGAAAACACCUUGUAUGAUGCAGUUAUGAAGGCACAGGACGAACCCAGUACUGAUUGGGGAGGACUGGCUGAGUAUUUAUUGCAUGUAUACCAGGCAGUUGAAGAAUUUCAUUCUGUAUUAACCAAUGACGCACUGUAUUAUCAGGAGCUGAAGGAGGAGGCUCAGCUCAAACUGUUGAAAUAUGAAAAAUUUGAGAUGGAGCUUAAAAGUUUAGAAAGAGUCUACGAGGCUCUCGAUAACCAUGGAAAUUUUCUCCAGGAACAACUUAAUGCUUACAAAGAAUACUUAGUAGUUGUGAGAAACAGAGCAGCCUCAAUACCUAAAAUACAAAAGAGAAGUAGUUUUGGACUUUCCUCUUCACAAGGAGGCCCAAAGGUGGUGAGGUUUUCUUACAAUCAGCUUGAGAGAGAUGGAGUGAUCGUAGAAACCAAUGAUAUUCCAGAAAAAAGAAAAGCUGAUAUCUCGGUGACAGUUUCAUCACCAGAACCAGGAAUUUAUACAGUAACUUUAUUCUACAAAGGUGAAACAAGCAAAGCAUAUGAAACAGAUCUAAUUUUAGAAGAGCUACUUGAAAAACAACAUCUAAGCAAUCCGGCCCUUCAUCUAAACGACUUCGUAGUCGUUGACGUCAAGAAAACUCUACUACUUCUGCAUAAGUAUUUCGCUUGUAAUUAAUAUUCAUGUUUACUUAAUGAUGAUCUUGAAAAUUUUAUUUUUGGUAACUGACUGAAACGCUAAUGACUCAUCAGAGAAGUUAAGUUGGGCUUCGUAUUUUCUACAUUUAAAUGUUUUGGACAAAGUCUUCGAUAGCUUAAUUUAUAUCGGAGGUCGAUUAUAAAGUGUACACCUCCUUAAAUUGUUGUCGAUAAAGUUUGGUAUUUUUGUUA